CGGAUAAAGAAAAGUUAAAGAGGAUAUCCAUGGUAAGCACGUGAGAACGCUCUCUCUAUAUAUUAACUCAGAAUAGGCAGACUAUUCUAUUCAAAAGACAGAGAAAAGGAAAACAGAACUCCCGAAAAAGGGCAAAAAGGGGAAAUGAAAUCCGGUUUCAGGUCCGUCUCUGAACAUCUCGAAGAAGAAAGACUAAUCAACGUCUCUCUGUGUAAAAAGAGCGGCUCCGAGCUCAAAUACAGGUGUUGCCACGAAGACAAGUUGAAACAUCGGUUUGCAAAUCGUUACCGUUGAUUUUCUCCAAGUCAUCUUGGAUGGGCCAGUCAUCUUCGACGGCCGCAGUGUUGAGCCGCCGCGAAUCUAACCACAACCACAGGUCCAAAGCCAAAUCAACGGCCCUGAUUUCUCCUAUGCAAGCUGAAGAACCAAGUGAACACGGACUCAUCGAUGGAGCGCCCGAUUAUAUCUCCGAUCUGCCUGACGAAUGUCUGGCUUGCAUUUUCCAGUCUCUUAGCUCUGGAGACCGCAAACGUUGCUCUUUGGUAUGUCGCCGGUGGCUGCUAAUCGAGGGACAGAGUCGCCACCGGCUCUCUCUCAACGCUCAAUCAGAUCUCCUGCCUAUAAUACCGAAACUCUUCUCUCGCUUCGACGCUGUGACCAAACUCGCACUCAAAUGUGACCGUAGAUCUGCCAGUAUAGGCGAUGAAGCGCUUGAAGCGAUCUCAGCCCGAUGUCGGAACCUCACGCGCCUUAAGCUCCGUUCUUGCCGUGAUGUUACCGAUGCCGGCAUGUCAGCUUUUGCCAAGAAUUGCAGAGGUUUGAAGAAGCUCUCGUGUGGAUCGUGCACGUUUGGAGCCAAAGGUAUGAAUGCCGUCCUCGAUAACUGUGCAUCGCUUGAAGAGUUGUCAGUGAAGCGUCUUCGCGGAAUCACCGAUGGAGCCGCCGCUGAGCCUAUUGGACCAGGUUUGGCGGCAUCUUCGCUCAAAACAAUAUGCUUAAAGGAGCUUUAUAAUGGACAGUGUUUUGGUCCGCUUAUAAUUGGGUCAAAGAAUCUCAGAACUUUGAAACUUUUCAGAUGCUCUGGUGAUUGGGACAAGCUUCUUCAAGUGAUUGCGGAUCGGGUCACGGGAAUGCUGGAGAUCCAUCUCGAGAGAAUCCAGGUAAGUGAUGUUGGCCUCGCGGCAAUCUCUAAUUGUUUGGAUCUGGAGAUAUUGCACCUUGUCAAGACCCCCGAGUGUACCAAUUUAGGCCUAGUUUCCGUAGCAGAGCGUUGUAGGCUUCUAAGAAAGCUUCAUAUUGAUGGAUGGAAGGCCAAUCGAAUAGGCGAUGAGGGACUAAUAGCAGUUGCGAAAAAUUGCCCUAAUUUGCAAGAACUGGUCCUAAUUGGAGUCAAUCCUACCAAGAAUAGCUUAGAAACGUUAGCUUCAAAUUGCCAAAAUCUAGAGCGAUUAGCACUCUGUGGCAGCGAUACUGUCGGCGAUGCAGAGAUUUCAUGUAUUGCAGCCAAAUGUAUAGCGUUGAAAAAACUUUGUAUUAAAAGUUGCCCCGUCUCAGAUCAUGGAAUGGAAGCUCUUGCUAGUGGAUGUCCAAAUUUGGUUAAAGUCAAGGUGAAGAAGUGUCGCGGGGUAACUUGUGAGGGUGCUGAUUGGUUAAGAUCGAGUAGGGGAUCGCUAGCUGUGAAUUUAGAUAGCGGCGAAGCUGAGCAUCAGGAUGCAAGUGCUAGUGAUGGUGGGGCACAGGAAAACGGAGUUGAAUUUCCUCCAGUGCCUAGCCAAAUACCGGUGCCACCUAUUGGGUCAAGUACUGGACGAUCAACAUCUUUCAAAGCAAGGUUAGGCCUUUUCAGCGGGAGAAGUUUAGUGGCUUGCACUUUGAGGAGGUGGUCAAGUGGUAAUAGCAGUUCUCGAAGUUAAUUAAACUAAAGAUUAAUAGUUGCAGAGCCCCAAAACGGUCAUUGGUCUUUCUCUGUUUGCAUUAUUUUGAAUUGUAUCUGAUUCCAUAUUUGAUGUCCUGAAUUUAAUAUUGGCGUGUUGUUUAUUGCCUUUUCAAUUGAAUCUUCAUUGUCAGAAAAGUUCUACUUGCAGCAACUCAUUUUGGUUUUUGUGUUUAUUAAGCAAGUUCUGCAAUGCACGAUCCACGUUUAUUGAA